CAGCCCAGUCAGCGUGAGCUGAUUCUCGACGGAUCUCUUUCGUUGAGUACCAAAAGCGAGGAAGCAUCGCUAAUGGAGCACAACAAUGGUGCGCUUAAGACACCCAUGCUGGUUGUCGAACCGCCGCAACCUCGCCUCGUCUCAAAAGAUGGAAAGUGUUUGCUUACACAUCUACAUGUACCGCAUCACUUACGAAAUAAUUGCAGGAAUUGGUUUCACCUCAUCAUCGAAGAUAGUUGGCGAUUCAUUUUGCUCAUCUUUGCCGGCGGUUUCAUAUUCAGUUGGGUCUUCUUUGGACUGCUUUACUACGUGAUUGUUUUACUGUCUGGCGAUCUAAAGGCAAUAAUACAAUUUCAGCACAACGAGGAGAAUAAGCAGUGCAUAGCAAAUGUCCACAGCAUCGUAAGCGCCUUUUUAUUCAGCCUCGAAAGUCAGCAUACUAUUGGGUAUGGUUAUCGAUAUAUGACUGAGGUGUGUCCGCCAGCAUUUCUUGUUCUGUGUGUACAACUCGUCAUCGGUGUCCUUCUACAAACUAUGUUGGCUGGUAUCGUUGUUGCUAAAGUGCUACGGCCGAAAAAAAGACGUCAAGAGAUUCGUUUCUCACAAAUAGCAGUGGUAGGUCCAGUGGAUGAGCAUGAUAACCGCCCAACACUCAUGAUCCGAAUAGCAGACAUUCAAAAACGAUUGUAUUUGGCUGAAUCGCAUGUUCGACUCUACAUGGCUUGCAAUCGAAUCAAUCAACAAGGUCUUCGCGAGCUGGUCGGUAUAAAGGAUAUGAACGUCGGUUACGACAGUGGCUGGGAUCGAGUUCUCAUGUUAUGGCCGAUCAUUGUGAGACAUGUGAUCGAUGAGCACAGCCCUCUGUACGGUCUGAACCGCGAUACACUGCGACAUGCGAACUUCGAGCUUAUCAUGACCGUUGAGGGCAUUGUAGAAGCAACGGGCAUGACUUUUCAAGCAAGAACCUCAUUUCUACCUUCUGAAAUUAUUUGGGGACGUCGAUUCGUACCAAUGGUUGUGUUAAACGAACGAGUUGGUCAUUACGAAGUGGAGUACAACUUAUUUGACGAAACACAACACGUCGAUGAGUUCAUUCCCUGCAAAGAUAACAGUGAUGAUGAACGUUCCGUUCACAAUGCUUCUGGAUUCGUCUAA